AAAAAUGGAACCCGAACCAAGCAGUGUGAGGAGACCUGAAAGUGGUCACAUGGCAGAGUGUGGCGAUGGGAUACAGCAGCAAUGGGAGGCCGUACAGGGACCCAUGACAGAUUACGAGGGGCCUGGCAGCAGCAUGAGGAGGCGGUACAGGGGCCCAUGGCAGAUUACGGGCCUGGCAGCAGCAAUGGGAGGCCUUAAUCUGCCAGCACCUUAUCAAAAAGGAACCCCGCAGGUGAGGAGCCCGAAGUGGCCAUGGGGAGUGUGGCGAUGGAACAAGCAAAAAGGGAGCCGUACAGACCCUGAAACCUGGCCGGCAGCAGCA